AUGUUCCCACAGAGGGCCAGCUCCCCUGCUGACCCCGGUAGACUCCCCCAUUUCCUGAGACCCACCCAGAGACUGAGGCUGCUACCUCUUCCUCCGGACAGACCACCAGACCUGGAAAGCCUCAGACCACAGACAGACAGAGCGCAGAGCACCGCCAGAAACCGGGACCAACAGUCCACCCACUCCAGAGCCGUCCAGACCCCCCAAGACCCGACCCCCAGCCCCACAACCAACUGCAACCCAAAGAAGCUACCGAACCCUUGCCAGGACGAUUCAGCCAAGAGUGCACAUGCAGCCACAGACAGCGCAAGAAGUGGCCUAGAGCGAACCUCCAUCACAACAAAGUGGCCAACCAGCCAACCCAGCACAGCUCCCGGCUGCCACCAAGGCCACCUACCCAGCCCCCACCCCAGAACUCAUGAGACCCACAGCCCACCAGCGCACCAAAGGCCCCCUGCCCAGAGCCGGGCACCAGGGCACAAACUGGCCCAGAGCCAGGCAACCCACCAGCCAGAACCCAAGCCCCCCAGCCCCACCAGGACCACAGCCCAGGGGCGGCAUGACCCCAGAACCCUAAGCCCCCAAUGCCCACUCCAAACCCACUCCAGCACAGCCAGGCCACCGAGUCAGCAACACAUCGCCGCUGCUACAGAGCACCUGAGGGCCCACAUGCAGCCACCAGAAGACAUCCCCCAGAGCCACCAAGGCCCUCCCCAGAGCGAGAGUAGCGUCACCCCACUUUUAGCUGCAUCUUAA